UAUUACAUAAAUGGCAGCCUCUUGGUGACACAGCCAGCUGCUAGCCACUGCGUCACAUCGCUUGUGAGUUCGUCGUGGGCUUACUUACUAACUCCGGCGCCCCGUCGUCGGCUCGCCGCCGGCCUGCUGCGAGAGCUUCCGGCGAUGUCGAAGAGGCAGGCGAUCCUGAAGACGAUAUGGUCGCCGUUGGCCGCCGUCCUCCGGCCCAAGAAUUGUGCUGCGACCUCGAGAAACCUCAUUGUCGUCAAUGCCGGCGGGGAGAUCAUCGCCGGCGGCGGCCGUGAGGAUGCAACCGUAACGAGAAAAUCCCGUUCUAGCCUUGAAGACCUCUUGAAGAUCGAAGCGUCCACGAAUCCUCCAGAAACCAAGGCCGCCGCCGAUCCCCAACCAGCAGACAUGGCGACGCCGGCGAUUAACUUGUCGAAGGAGAGCGAACUGCAAAUAGUGCUGGCCGGCAUCCCCAAGAACGGCCACGGCGGCGUGAUCGCCGGCCGUCCUCCGCCGUCUCUCGGUGGCGGUGGCGGCGCCGUCGUCGUGCGGGCUCCGACGGUGAGGGUGAAGGUGAACAGGCUCGUCGUGCUCGUUCCAUCAGCUCUGCGGGCACGGUCGCGCGCCGCGAAGAUGGUGGACGCGGCGGCGCUGCCGGCGAAGCGUGGCUCGUACUGGAGGAUCGCCGGUCGCGGCCGCGGCGGCGACAAGAGUGAGCUGUUCUACCAGCGGCCGAUCCCGUUGGGGCGGAGAUGCAGGGUGCAACACUUGGAGGAGGUUACGUUGUCUGAUGAUUAAGGUCCAUCCCCAUGGUGCGUGGUUUGGGUUUGGAAAAGAAAAUUAAACACCGAAAUAUACUAUAGUGGAUUGCUACUAUAUAUACCAUUAGUGCAUGCAGAGUCUUUGUAAACUGUAAUAUAUAACGUGGUAAUUAACUAAUUGUUGUAAUUA